AUGAAUGGGAAUGGUAACGGAGCUGGAGGAAGCUUAGUUGCAGGUUCGAUGAUACUGGCAACCUUUCUGAAGGUUAAUCCCCCUGCUUUUAGUGGAUCAACUAAUCCAACGGAAGCCAAUAACUGGGAAGCACAACACUGGUGGCAAGGAGCUCACCGUCUGCUGCAGCAAGGAAAUAUAGAUGAGGCUAUCACAUGGGAGAGGUUCAAAGAGGAGUUUUACAAGAAGUACUUCCCAAACUCUGUGAGGCAGGCUAAGGAAUUGGAAUUACUACAAUUGAAGCAAGGAUCUAUGACUGUGGCGGCUUACACGAGCAAAUUUGAGGAGUUGUGCCGAUUUUCAAGGGUUUGUCAAGGUGCCCCUGAAGGGUAUAAGGAAUGGAAAUGCAUGAAGUACCAAGAUAGCCUGAGGGAUGACAUUAUGAGAGCUGUGGCGCCUCUUGAGGUCAAGAACUUUGCGGAAUUAGUCAACAAGAGCCGUGUGGUGGAAGAUAGCUUAAUGAGGAAUGCAACUGCUAACACCAACUGUGGUGGUAACCAUGGCCGAGAGGGUGCGAGGUACCUUGCUCCACGGGGUUAG